GUGAAACCCAGAUAUCCCUCCUUAUGCGUUUCUUAACCACGCUACUUCCCUUGUUCACUCUCGCCGUGCACGUCGCUGCGACUAGUCAUGACUCAAUUCCGCUUCACGAUCUUCCUCCUCCAACUUACCCUGAAGCUGUACAUCCAGUGCAUCAGGGCCAUGAUGAGCCUCCCCCUUAUACCGAGGCUCCUGGAAGCAAUAAUCCCAUGCCUCCUGCUUAUCUGCCUCCUAUCUCGACAUCCUUUCACAGUCACGGCCCCCAACCUCCAGUGCGGAUGCCUCCCGGCUGUGAAGACGCCUUGAGACGACAGGCCUUCGCAAGAGCGAUACAAUUGACUCCGGAGCACCAAUCAAAUUUGGAGGUGGUGGUCGACUAUGCGAAAAAUUUAUCUGAUCAUGGAAUGGCAUAUUUGUUAUGUGCUGCUGUGAUAGUGACCGGCGCAGUAGUAGUCGCAGCUGUAGUCUUAGCCCACUAUCCAGGGUCAGGCUGUCAUUCUAAAACCUGUACCUCUUCGCAUCGGAGGAAUCUUGAUAAAACCUUGCAACCUCAGAAGUGCGAGCGUUGGGAUAUAAAAGCUUGUAAGAGCGAUACAUCUCUAACGGCUAAACAUCCUUCUCAAUCUGUCGUGUCCAAGGUGGCUUCACGAGGACCUGGAAAGAGGGAUGCUGGGAGGAUGUCCUAUCGCCGUCGUCUCGAGCUGGUGUGA